AGCUCCAGCGUUGGGGAAGAGACGGCGAGUUCUCGACUGCCAUGGCGGAAGCUGUGCAGCUGCAUCGUCUUUCAUGCACCCGGUGUAAAGAACGCAAGGUCCGCUGCAACCGCGUCCUGCCUCGAUGCGAACGCUGCAUCACUCACGAUGCCGAGUGCGUAUUCCCCGAGCGGGCCAAGCGGCGGCCCCAACGGCCCCCUCCGGAGCACCAUCACCCCACGUCUCACCCCGCGGGCGAUGAAUCGACGCCGGCACUCAACACCAUCCUUGACCGGCUCCACCGGCUUGAGCAGCAGAGCCUCAUCUCGCCGCCGUAUACCGUCAGAGACGCUGCUCAUCACGCCGUGUUUCGUCCGUCGGCGUCGUCUUCGCCGGCGCUCGCGACGCCUUAUCCGAGUGGUGGUGGUGGUGGUGCUCUCACGGAGCUGUCGCCCGUGUCCGUGUCCGUGUCCGUGUCUCCGCAUGGCGGCGCCGGCCUGCAGCCGUCCGAGGUUGAUUCCACGGCGACGCUCAAGCAUGCCAUUGACCAAGUCCAAAAGCUGAAACUCGAGGACUAUGCUCGGUCGGUCAUCACCGACAAGGUUGAGAUUCCUAGGAACCUCGCCAAAGCAUGGAUAGAGAACUAUUUCACGCACAUGGCAACCGACAUGUUUCUGAGCCUUGUCAACCGACGGCUGAUUGAACUGAUCCCCGACAUACUAGACCUGCCGCAUGUUCACCUCGACUUCUCGAUCCAAGUGCUGUACUACGCCAUUCUCUUCCACGGAGCGACACUCAACGUCAGCAGCACAGAUCAGACAUGGGGGUUCGACUACCCCAAGUCCUGCUUUCUGGGGGCCCUUCGGGCUCUUCCACACUGGAAGAGGGAGGCUACGGGAUCGGCGACGGACUUUGUUGCCGGUAUCCUCAUGACACGCGUAGCCGCCGAGUGCUUCGACUAUGACCUCGCUUGGAAGAUGCACCAGCUCGCGAGCGAGUUUGCCCGGGCGCUGAACCUGCACAACCUCGACGGCGGCGACUACGCGGGCAUCAACGACAGCGGACGGUCGGACGACGACCGCAGGGGGUUCUGGCAGCUCAUCCAGGUCGACCUGUACAUCCGCCUCCUCAUGGACAAACCGCCCGUCAUCACCAACGACGCGUGGAACGUCAACUUGCCGUGGCUGGACAACUCGCAGGCCCCGCCGGAAGGCUUCCAGGCCAUCGCCUUCCUCAUCUUGUCGCGCAUCACCAUGAUACUGAUGCGCUUUUUCGCACUCAUCGACGACACGGCGCGGCGGACGAAAAGUGAGCUGCGCCGGGAGACGGAGAGCUUGUGCGAGGAGAUUGAGCAGUUGUAUGUUGAUUGGCAAGCGCACGACUUUUCUACCUCGACCUCGGAGAAGGAGGACGACACGUGGGUCGUCGCCGACUGCCUCAUCACCGGAUACACGUGCAUCAUCUUCAUGCUCCGCAAGGUCGACGUCCUGGGCACCGAUUCCACCACCACCACCAUCGGCCGCGACGCCGACCUGCCGUCGCACCCGGUGGUGCUGGUGGCGGCGCGGCACAUCAUCCGCGUCGCGAACCACAUCCUGGCCACGUACUCGAACCCGGAGACGCUGUCGGCGGUGCUCGGCGCGUACGGCGCGUACAUUCCCGCGGCGUGCCUGUACCGCGAGGUGCUGCGGGCCGAGCUGGACGCGCCGUCGUCGUCGUCGCGGGCGCACAACCACCGCCACCACCACCAUGACCACCACCAUGACCACGCCCACGACAUGGAGGCGCUGGACAGGUUCUCGUCGCUCGUGUGCUCCAUCUCGCGGGGCAGGAGGGAGCUGUAUCCCAUUGUGAGGGCGAUGAACACGCUGAACGCGGACGUGAAGAAGAAGUGCGAGGAGGCGAGGGCUUGAUGUGACGGGUAUCGGUGUACGACAGACAUCCCUCGGGUGUAAUGUAGUGAAUUGCCUAAUGAUAGAGGGCGUCUGGGGGCGUCACACUGGUAAUGAUACAUAUGCGAAUUAUUCAUUGUUGCAUGUCAACUUGUCUCGAAAAGUACACAAGAGAACGACAUUAAGUUCCCAUCUUCAAGUCCGCACUCUGUCACAGAGGCAGCGAGAGCUCACGAUGCGGCCAGUUUAAUCAUUGAGGCUCUCCUCGGCCUUUACAGAUGGAAUAUUAAUUGAUCAAUAAG